AUGACCUUGAAGAAGCUAAACAGCUGUACGGACAUGAGGACCAUGACUUGUGGUGUUAAUACGCCCCUGUGUCCAUGGAGAGAGGUUGAGGCGUCCGAGCUCCGGCCCAAGGCACCAGGGCACCGGGACAGUGAGGAUGUAAGCUUCUUUAGUCAGGCCACCGUCCGGGCUGUGAGCAAGAGUAAGCUGCAGCCUACCUGGGUGGCCCUCACCCUGAAACCUUCAGCAGUAAACAAGAUAAAACAACUUCUUAAAGAUAAGCCUGAACACAUAGGUGUGAAAGUUGGUGUCCAAACCAGGGGUUGUAAUGGUCUUUCUUAUACUCUUGAAUAUACAAAGACAAAAGGAUAUUCUGAUGAAGAAGUUGUUCAGGAUGGAGUCAGAGUGUUCAUCAAAAGGAAAGCACAGCUAACACUUUUAGGAACAGAAAAGGACUACGUAGAGGACAAAUUAUCCAGUGAGUUUGUGUUCAACAAACCAAACAUCAAAGGAACAUGUGGCUGUGGAGAAAGCUUUAAUAUUUGA